AUGAAGCAGAGUUCGAACGUGCCGGCUUUCCUCAGCAAGCUAUGGACGCUUGUGGAGGAAACCCACACCAACGAGUUCAUCACCUGGAGCCAGAAUGGCCAGAGUUUUCUGGUUUUGGAUGAACAAAGAUUUGCAAAAGAAAUUUUUCCCAGAUAUUUCAAGCACAAUAAUAUGGCAAGCUUUGUGAGGCAAUUGAAUAUGUAUGGUUUCCAUAAGGUUGUGCAUAUUGACUCUGGAAUUGUAAAGCAGGAACGAGAUGGUCCUGUUGAAUUUCAGCAUCCUUACUUCAAACAAGGCCAGGAUGACUUGUUGGAGAACAUUAAAAGGAAGGUUUCAUCUUCAAAACCAGAAGAAAAUAAGAUUCGUCAGGAAGAUUUAACAAAAAUUAUAAGUAGUGCUCAGAAGGUUCAAAUAAAACAAGAAACUAUUGAGUCCAGGCUUUCUGAAUUAAAAAGUGAGAAUGAGUCUCUAUGGAAGGAGGUGUCAGAAUUAAGAGCAAAACACGCACAACAGCAACAAGUUAUUCGAAAGAUUGUCCAGUUUAUUGUUACAUUGGUUCAGAAUAACCAACUUGUGAGUUUAAAAUGUAAAAGGCCUCUACUUCUAAACACUAAUGGAGCCCAAAAGAAGAAUCUGUUUCAGCAUAUAGUCAAAGAACCAGCUGAUAAUCACCAUCAUAAAGUUCCACACAGUAGGACUGAAGGUUUAAAGGCAAGGGAGCGGAUUUCAGAUGACAUCAUCAUUUAUGAUGUAACUGAUGAUAACGCAGAUGAAGAAAAUAUCCCAAUUAUUCCAGAAACUAAUGAGGAUGUUAUAUCUGAUCCCUCCAACUGUAGCCAAUACCCUGAUAUUGUCAUUCUUGAAGAUGACAAUGAAGAUGAGUAUGCACCUGUCAUUCAGAGUGGAGAUCAGAAUGAACCAGCCAGAGAAUCCCUAAGUUCUGGCACCAGUCCUCUUAUGUCUAGUGCUAUCCAGCUAAAUGGCUCAUCUAGUCUGACCACAGAAGAUCCUGUGACCAUGAUGGAUUCCAUUUUAAAUGAUAACAUCAAUCUUCUGGGAAAGGUUGAGCUGUUGGAUUAUCUUGACAGUAUUGAUUGCAGCUUAGAGGACUUCCAAGCCAUGCUGUCAGGAAGACAGUUUAGCAUAGACCCAGAUCUCCUGAUUGAUUCUGAGAAUAAAGGAUUAGAAACUACCAAGAACAAUGUAGUUCAGCCAGUUUCAGAUGAGGGAAGAAAAUCUAAACCCAAAACAGAUAAGCAGCUUAUCCAGUACACUGCCUUUCCACUUCUUGCAUUCCUCGAUGGGAACCCUGCUUCUACUGUUGAACAGGGGAGUACAGCAUCAUCAGAAGUUAUGUCCUCUGUAGAAAAACCCAUAGAAGUUGAUGAGCUUCUGGAUAGCAGCCUAGAUCCAGAGCCAACCCAGAGUAAGCUUGUUCGCCUGGAGCCAUUGACUGAAGCCGAAGCUUGUGAAGCCACACUGUUUUAUUUAUGUGAACUUGCUCCUGCACCUCUGGAUAGUGAUAUGCCACUUUUAGAUAGCUAA